GAAAUCUAUAACUAAGUAAAACCCGCCCCGGUUAAUUUGCAUCUGAAAGUGGGAGGCAUAUCAUGAAUUGCUGCAAGAAAAGAACUGGAACUUCCAGUUUCAAGAAGGAUCCAUUCACCUGCAAUAUCAGUGUAUUUUUGGCUUACUUGCAGUGAGGUUUUACGGCAUAGAGGAUAGUAACACUUUUAAGCACACCAUUUACGUUUAGUGGACUGUACAAGGAGCAACAUGACAAGAAGGAAGAGUUUGUUUUGGAUUUGUAUAUUGUUUGGUUUGGGCUAUUUUGCAGGCUGGAUGAAUACAAUUAAGCCACAAUAUUUGAGGGUGAAUAAGCAGCAAAUAGAUCAAACCUUAACUACUCAAAAUAAAAAUAAUUUGAAGCCAAAUCCACCAGAGUGUAAGCAGCUCAGCAAGUUGCUUACUCUUAUCCCUAAGAGGUUUAAAGAUGAUGAUAUCAUUAAAGUCUUCAAGAAAACAGAGAAAUGUACAUGGUUUAGCAAUUCUGCAGCACACACGAAUUUCAGAGCACAGCUAACAAAUUGCUGCAAUGCAAUCCAAAACUUCACUGUUACACAAGUCAACACAGCACUAGGAGCAAAUCUGACUUAUGAUGCACAGCCUAAAAAGAAAAUAACGAUCACGGAAAACAUUUUUAAUUUGCUUCCUCAGACUGAGCCUUUUAAAGUCCCCAUAUCUAAACGCUGUGCUGUGGUGGGAAAUGGAGGAAUUCUAACUAAUAGCAGCUGUGGAGAGGAAAUAGAUCAAGCUGACUUUGUGUUCAGGUGUAAUCUUGCUCCUAUCAUUGGCAGAGAAGAUGAUGUGGGAUCGAAAACUGACCUGGUGACAGCUAAUCCAUCCAUAUUUUCAAUUAAAUAUCAAAACCUAAAUUUUAGAAGAAAGCCCUUUUGGGAGAGUACACAGGUAUACGGAAAAGCAUUGAUUCUAUUACCUGCAUUUGCUUAUUCAGCACAUACUAACAUGGUAUUUAAAGUUUCCUACACACUGGAAGAUUUUGGUUCAAAACUGCAGCCAAUAUAUUUAAACCCAUCUUACAUGGUAAAUAUCACUCAGUUCUGGAAAUCCGUCGGUGUGACUGAGACUCGACUAUCUAGUGGCUUGAUAGUAUUGAGUGCAGCACUGGAGCUUUGUGACGAGGUGUGGCUGUAUGGAUUCUGGCCCUUCUCGAAAAACAUGGAAGGAAUGAAGAUCUUCAAUCAUUACUACGACAAUAUACCACCAAAGCGAUCAGCUCAUGUCAUGCCGAGGGAAUUCUACAGACUUCUGCAACUUCACACCAAAGGCAUUCUGAAGUUGCGAGCUGGAAAAUGCAAGAACAAGCCAACAGAUAUUUAGAAGGAUGGGGUACAAGGCAAACAUACAUAGAAGUUCAAAUCUGUAAAACUGAAACCUAGCUAGUUUUCUGAAUGUGAUUUCUCUUUUUACCACUUUUUAUCUUCCACUCAUCCAAAUACUACUUUUUACCUUCCACUUAUCCAAAUACAGUCACAAUAAAAUCAUGAGAAGUGCUUUGAAAUGUUGCAACAAUAAGAUGUUAUGUUAAAUGCAGGAAUAAUUAUUUUUGUCUUUUGAAGAUUUUUGAAAUUAUUUUUUCUUCUAAUGGUGGUAUGGACCUGUGGGUGCUGGUUACACUCUGUUUUCUCACCAAGGUGUGUUCUUUAUGUUGUGGCUCUGACCGUCUUUGUUGACAGACUGUUCAACUGCAAGGAUCAUCAUAGUCAAUUAUGAACCACUGUUCGCCAAAUGACCACACACAUACAUCUAGCUGUGUCUUCGAUAGCAAUCAAUCAAGAUCAGGAACCCUGAUUAAUUUUCCUUAUUUAACUCUUGGACGCUAAGGCUGAUUUUAGCCCCCUUCCUGACACCGAAUGGAUCGACUUCAAGGUCCUCACUCUCGUGUUCAAAUCCAUUCAC